CCGCGUCACGUCCGGUAGAGUUAGAGCCCGUGCGGAGGCGGUGCGGAGCGUUUCUGCUCUGAGCGGCUGGGCGACCGGCGUGUCGUGCGGGGCUGCGGCAGAGCCUCCUUAAAGAAGGCGCGAGAGGUUCGCAGCUUCGAUUGAAGCACCUCAACCGGCGACAACAGCCAGGAGUCAUGAGCGACAGCGGCGAGCAGAACUACGGCGAGCGGGUUAAUGUUGAAGAAGGAAAAUGCGGAAGUCGUCAUUUGACAAGUUUUAUAAAUGAGUAUUUGAAGCUCAGGAAUAAGUGAAGCUGAAAUUUGAAAAAAUAAAAGAAAGAAUGCAUGCUAAUUAUCAGACCAGAAGUCCCACUUGUAGAAUAUUGAGCAAUUUGUGUGAAGUGGGGAAGAUGAAAGAAGUCAGAAUUUGAAACGGAAGAAUGAAGAAAAGAAAUAAAAAUGAAGUUAAGAUAAGAAGUAAUCUGGAAUCAGAAAGCACUACGCUAAGAAUCCCGUUCUGCUUCCAGAAGUGGAAGUGCUCACGGAUCGGGGAAAUCUGCAAGGCAUACCCCUGCAAGGUCUCGCUCCAAGGAAGAUUCCAGGCGUUCCAGAUCAAAGUCCAGGUCCCGAUCUGAAUCUAGGUCUAGGUCCAGAAGAAGUUCCCGAAGGCAUUAUACCCGGUCACGGUCUCGCUCCCGCUCCCAUAGACGAUCGCGUAGCAGGUCUUACAGUCGAGAUUAUCGCAGACGACACAGCCACAGUCAUUCUCCCAUGUCUACUCGCAGGCGUCAUGUUGGGAAUCGGGCAAAUCCUGAUCCUAACUGUUGUCUUGGAGUAUUUGGGUUGAGCUUGUAUACCACAGAAAGAGAUCUAAGAGAAGUGUUCUCUAAAUACGGUCCCAUUGCCGAUGUGUCUAUUGUAUAUGACCAGCAGUCUAGGCGUUCAAGAGGAUUUGCCUUUGUAUAUUUUGAAAAUGUAGAUGAUGCCAAGGAAGCUAAAGAACGUGCCAAUGGAAUGGAGCUUGAUGGGCGUAGGAUCAGAGUUGAUUUCUCUAUAACAAAAAGACCACAUACACCAACACCAGGAAUUUACAUGGGGAGACCUACCUAUGGCAGCUCUCGCCGUCGGGAUUACUAUGACAGAGGAUAUGAUCGGGGCUAUGAUGAUCGGGACUACUAUAGCAGAUCAUACAGAGGAGGAGGCGGAGGAGGAGGAGGAUGGAGAGCUGCUCAAGACAGGGAUCAGAUUUACAGAAGACGGUCACCUUCUCCUUACUAUAGCCGUGGAGGAUACAGAUCACGUUCCAGAUCUCGAUCAUACUCACCUCGUCGCUAUUAAAGCAUGAAGACUUUCUGAAACCUGCCCUAGAGCUGGGAUAUUGUUUGUGGACAAUAUUUUUUAUUGUCUCUUGUUUAAAAAGUGAACAGUGCCUAGUGAAGUUAGGUGACUUUUACACCUUUUAUGAUGACUACUUUUGGUGGAGUUGAAAUGCUGUUUUCAUUCUGCAUUUGUGUAGUUCGGUGCUUUGUUCAAAGUUAAGUGUUUUCAGAAAAGUAUGUUUUGCAUGUAUUUUUUUACAGUCUAAAUUUUGACUGCUGAGAAGUUUCUAUUGUACAAAACUUCAUUUAAAAGGUUUUUCUACUGAAUCCAGGGUACUCUGAAGAUUGAAGCCUGUGUAAAAUGCUACCAAAUGGCAAAAAGCAACAAUAAACAGUUUGAUUUUUACUUUUCUUUCUAACAUAUCAAUGCUUAGCAGAACUAUUCAGUUGUCAGUAGUAAAUUUAAAGACAAAUGGCCCGUUUUCCUCCAGUUCAUGAAACAUACCAUACUUAUACCUGCAACUAAGUGUUAAAAAUUAUGCUUUGUAACUCUGUACUGCUAGGAUUAGAACUAAAAAUCUACAAUACAGCCAGUGCUUAAUGCUUAUAUAAAUGUGGAUUUGUCAGCUUUUAUGUAAUCUGUAAUAUGUAUAGCAGGAAAUACAAAGAGUUACACAGUGUAUGCCUUAAAAGGCUGUUUCUUAAAGCUGUUACAAGGGGGUGAUAGUAUUUCAACUAGUUAUCAGCAAAUGACAAUACAUUCCACCAUAAAUAUACUCUUGUUCUUCUAGCUUUUAGACUAUGAAAAAAACUGGGUGCUUCAAAGUACAUGAUGAGAGAAGGGAACACUACACCUGUGUCAUGGAUGAACUGAAGACUUUGCCUGUUCAUUUUUUAAAUAUUAUUUUCAGGUCCUUUGCUUACCAAAGGAGGCCCAAUUUCACUCAAAUGUUUUGAGAACUGUGUUUAAAUAAACGCAAAUGAAAAAUG